AUGCUAUCACAAGUUGAAAGAAAAUAUGAAAUUGAGACGCCUUUAAACGUUAAGCAUAGAGAUUUGACAUUAGAUGAGGAAAUAAAAGAGGCGGUUGAGAAAAAGAAGAAAGAGAAGUCAAAAACUAGUCUUGUAGAUGAAGACUUAUUUGAUAUGAAUACCAACAGCAAACCUGCAAAGGAAGAAAAGCAUCAGGAUUUGCAACACGUUGCACCUCAGACAGCAUACGUCUCGACAACGCGCAAGCCGACUACUAGAAAGAAAUUUAACUGGGCGAAAUAUUAUGAAGAACUUGAAGAUAUAAAGGAUAUAAAAAAUUACUAUCAUAACUAUACCAAAACCCCAAAAACCAGAUGGUGGUGGCCUAUAGAAUACGGAUGGGAAAUCGAUUAUGCUUGGUACUUCUAG